AUGUCGUUGCUCGUGGUUCACAUACCGUUGGUUUUUACAGUGGCUCUAUCGGUGAAUGUUUUCAAAUCUGAUGCUGCUUCCUUCUACAAGAAUUCAGGAUGGUAUCCUCAUGCUGCUGUCGCUGCUGACGCACCAGUGUGCUCUUCAGCUGGAACAUCAAUUCUCAAGAAAAAUGGCAACGCUGUUGAUGCUGCUGUGGCGACGCAAAUAUGCCAAGGAGUGGUCAAUUUUGAGGCAUCUGGUCUAGGAGGAGGAGGCUUCAUGCUAAUAUACAACAGAUCAACAGGAAAAACUGAAGCAAUAGACUUCAGAGAAAAUGCACCAAUGAAUGCUUAUAAAACCAUGCUACUGCAAAAAGACAGCAAACCAACACUAACUACAGGUGUUCCCGGAGAAUUACGAGGAAUGGAAAUGGCAUGGAAGAAGUAUGGCCAACUGCCAUGGGCAAUCCUCUUUGAACCAGGCAUUUCUAUUGCAGAAAACGGUUUCAAGGUUACAAAAGCUGUGGCAAUGGGUAUCGCCUCCUCAAAGGAUUCAAUCCUUAAGAAUCCAGCAGCUUGGAGUCUUAAACAAAUUUUAGCACCCAAUGGGACAUUUUUACAAGAAGGUGACAUGAUGAAGAGACCAACACUAGCUAAAACACUUAGACUGAUUGCUGAACAAGGUGCUGAUGUUUUGUACAAUGGAAGUCUGACAUCUCAGCUUGUCGAGGAUAUCAAUGCAGCCGGAGCUAACUUCACUGUCGAUGAUUUCCAUAACUACACAGCCAUGAGUUUAUCUCCACUUGUUGGGAAAUUUCAGAACAUGACAGUAUUGGGUAUGCCACCACCUGGCAGCGGAGCCGUGCUUCAACUCAUUCUUGGCAUCUUAGAUCUCUACAAUAUGACUCCCAGUGACUUCGGCCUUCUCUCCUACCAACGAACUAUCGAAGCAUUUAAGUUUGCCUAUGCUCAACGUGUUCAUCUAGCCGAUCCUGCAUUUGUGCCGGGCAUUCGCAGUCAGGUUGAUUUCAUGAUGGAUCCUAACACUGCAAAGAAAAUGAAGGAGAUGAUUAGUGAUAAUGCCACGUACCCUCCUUCAUACUACAAUAUCACACAUAACGUACACGACAAAUUUGGAACGUGUCAUUUCAGUGUUGUUGACCAGGAUGGAAGUGCGGUUGCAGUAACUACAACAAUCAACACCUCAUUCGGAAGUCUUGUGAGAUCCAACACUACUGGGAUUAUUUUCAACAAUGAAAUGCUCGACUUCUCGACACCAAAUCGUACAGACAUCUGGGGUCUGCCACCAAACUCUAUAAAUUUUAUUGAGCCCAGCAAACGAGCUCAGUCAUCAAUGUCACCAACAAUUCUCGUCGAUGCGUCAGGUCAAACUGCAAUGGUUACGGGUGCUUCUGGAGGAACCAGAAUUAUCAGCACUGCUGCAUUAAUUACAUCUGGGCAUUUCAUUUACGACCAAUGUCUGGUAGAAGCAACCAACAUGUCACGUGUUCACCACCAACUACUGCCUGAUUUUAUCUUUAUGGAGCCUGGCUUUCCGGAAGACAUUAAAAAGGGUCUAGAAAAGAUCGGACAUCGGGUGAAGUACAUCUUACUUGGUGAUAAGUACUUCUCAGAUAUACAAAGCAUUGUAAGGGAUUCUGACACUGGAAUACUCAAUGCAGUGUGUGACAAUAGGAAGGGUGGGCAACCUGACGGUUUCUAGAAAACAAUCGAAACGUUAGUACUACAAUAGAAGUUACUAAUGAGUUUGAAAUCUCAAAUCUGGAAUUGAUGUUAAUAAUUUUCACAUAUUUUAUUUUUUCUUAUAUGUUCAGUAUUGGUGUUUAGUGGCAGUUACCCUAGUUGUCUAGAAAUGCUGUCAUAACACCAUGUAGUUUGCACAUUUGUAAUUUUUCUCUGGACAGUACAGGUAUUGAUUUGGUUGUCAUUAAUUCCUAGCUGCUUUCAGUAAAGUAAUAAGAUUGUACAAGAAAAGAGAACGUGCUGUUAUAAUAUAUGGGUCACCAGAUGACAAUUUUAAA